AUGAGUCGCAAUCCCCAUAGUGAAAAUGUUGACAGUUGCAUAUUACCCCCACCCAAUUAAAGAAAGGAAGACUAUGUGGAUUCGCCUGAGCAGUUUUUUAAUGACAUAAACAAGAUCUAUGAAGAUAAGAAACUUUUUGUUUCUAUGCACUCCUCAGAUGUACUGCCUGGUUAUUUGGUUUCAGCGCGCUGUAUGGUGCAAAAUACUCUUGCACCAGAAUACUUCCCUCUUUCAUGCACAGUUACUGAUGGGUCAGAAAAGAAAGAAACCACUGGUUGCCUCAGAGAUCAUUUUGGUGACGAUGUCAAAGAUAUCGUAGAUCAUGGUAUCCAUGGUUGUCGAAAUGUUUACAAAAUGAUCAUGGUGCCUGGAGCAGCUGAGUGGUGGAUAGAAGAAUUUAGC